CGAUCCUCCCAGCUGCAUCUGCAUUGCAUUGCAUGCACAGGUCGCGCCCACCAUCAGUAGCGGUCGCCGCCAUGCAGAGACUCGUGCGCGUCCUCGUGGUGCUGGGCGUGGCCGCCGCGGCGUCGGCGCAGGGCCCGACGGCGGCGCCAACGACGCCCACGCCGGCAACCCCCGCGGCGCCCGCGCCCGCGACGGCGUCCAGCAACAUCACGGGCGUGCUGGCCAAGGCCGGGCAGUUCAACACCUUCAUCCGGCUGCUCAAGUCCACGGGCGUGGCGUCGCAGAUCGACAACCAGGUCGCCAACGGCGGGAACGGGGUCACGGUGUUCGCGCCCACGGACAACGCGUUCCAGUCGCUGCCCUCGGGCACGCUCAACUCGCUGUCGGACCAGGACAAGAACGCGCUGGUGCAGUACCACGUGGUGUCCACCGCCAUCCCCAUGUCGCAGUUCGACACCGUCAGCAACCCGCUCCGCACGCAGGCCGGCAGCGCCUCGCCGGGGGAGUUCCCACUCAACGUCACCUCCUCCGAGGGCCAGCAGGUCAACGUCACCACGGGCGUCGUCACCGCCACCGUCGACAACUCCCUCUACUCGGGCGACAGCCUCGUCGUCUACCAGGUCAACAAGGUGCUGCUCCCCAUGAAGCUCUUCGGCGCCGCGGAGGCGCCCGCGCCCGCGCCGCUCGCGCCGGCCAAGAAGAAGGGCAAGACGCCGGCGGCCGUCGCCGACUCGCCCGACGCGGCGGAGGCGUCCCCGGACGCCACGACCACGUCGCUCGCGCCCGCGAGGCUGACGCGGGGUGGCCUCGCCACGGCUCUUGCGCUCGCCGGCGUUUGGUGGGGGCUGUAGUCACGGCGAGGAGUGUCUCGUCAGGUCUCUCCGGUGGCCGUGACAUCUAUACUUUUUUUUUCGUUCGCGGGUCUUGUUUGUCUUUUCGUUUUUACUUUAUUGCCCAUUUUUGGAUGAAUUGUUCUUCCCUGUCAUUCAAAUUGCUAGGAGUAUGUCAUGUCAUGUAACGUCCUUGUCCCAUUUUUAUGUAAUGUUAACUAAAUAAAUAUGAGUUGUGUAUAUUUCAGU